AUGGCUCGAAAAAGAGCGUCUCGCAGCGAGCAGCUUCCUUGCCCGUUAUUCAACACCUUCAGGAGCAUUGCCUCGCCAAUCAUACGAUUUUGCACGGUAUCAACAGACACACUUGACAUACUCGUAGAGCUUUGUGCCGGCCCUGCUGCCACUUCCCGAAUCGAGCUUGCACGCAGCACCAAAUUGAUAAAGAGGCUUUCCCAGACACUGGAUCCCGAGUAUACCGGAGACGACACCUGGGCAGACGCGGUGGGUGGUCGUUAUUCAGGCGUCAGAGAAGCCACACCUAGUUUGGUGACUCCUUGGAAGGACAGACAUCUUGGCGUAGUCUAUCGUUACCGACUCGACGAGGCCCCUGAAACUCCAAGCCAAAGUUCUGCCUUUGGCUCUGGAUCACUCCAUGGCUUGCUUUUCGUAAAUCCGUCCGCGUCGUAUACAUCGAGUCCUCCGAACCAGGAGUCGGGCCGAACUUCUCACCGGAGCCAAGUCAGCUUCGAUAGUAUCAUUGAAGAGCACUCAGCUGGUCGAACCAACUUAGCCCAUUGCUAUCAGAUCUUCAAACCAGAGGCUUAUCGUGGACGCCCUCCUUGCCCGGACGUAUUUCCGUCAAGCCAAACACACAGUUAUAUCGCAGCUAUGGUUGCUCACGAACGUGGAGAAUCGGCGGAAGAGACAGAAGACGGUACCGGUGAAGAUUGGGUUGACGAUGCGGAUGUUGUGCAAAUGAAACCUAAAGUUACGAAGGUCAUUGUACGUCCAGUCAAAGGAGCACGAGCAGGAAAGAGACCUGUCAAGCUCGCUGGUGGUGGCUUGAAGGAGAAGGGAACCACCACUCUCGGAAAGGGACGGACUGAGGCAAGAGGCAUUGAGGAGACGAAAGAGACUAAAGAGGCGAAAGAGACGAAGCAAAUCAAGAAAGUCGAGCGUGAUACAGAGGAUGAGGUUGCAAUUGAAUCUUGUGACAGCCAGGUGUGGGACCCGAAGUGGGUGAUCCAACGCAAGAGAUACGUACAAUAA